UGGCUGGAAGUUGGGGAGCUCUGCCGUGUCCCCUUUGCAGAACAGCGCGACACGCUGCCCUGCGCUGCCACUCGCCAGGGCUCUGUCUGGAGUGAGACUCUUCGUUAUGUGUCUCGGGUUUAGGGUUUGUCCCUUAGGACGGCGUGGCUUCUGGUUCUGCCCGGGUUCAGCUGCUGCCGCUCACACAAGAGCCGGCUCGGAGAGUAUCUCUGCUGUCACAAAAGCAACUCGGGAUCCGGGGAUUUCUUUCUCCGGCUGGGGAUUUGCCUCGUAGGAGGACGUUAUUUGAUUCUUCCCUCUCUCAAUCAACAAAUGAUCAGAUGAAGCUACAGAUGACAUGACGAAAGUCAAAACAAUGCAUGAACUGAUGAGAAAUAGCAUGGAGAACAUUAACUGCCUAGUUGCUGGAUAUCCUAAGCACAACCUCACUACCAAAAGAGACCGUGAUGUUAUAUGAUCAUGGAACAGAGUUCGCAAGAAUGGAAAAGCAAAGGAGCUCACUAGUUGCAUCUCAUAAAUAAAAUUUUCCAAGAUUUAGCUGAAUCAACAAAUUAUUCCAGCCAUGGGAGAAAAUGCAAGUUUUUGGGAAAGUUUGAUAUAUGCACAUCCUACGUGUACCACCUGGAAGCAAGAGGCAGAGGGAUCUAUCUACCACCUAGCCAGUAUUCUCUUUGUUGUGGGCUUCAUGGGUGGAAGUGGAUUCUUUGGGCUUCUCUAUGUCUUCAGCCUGCUUGGAUUGGGCUUUCUCUGCUCUUCUGUUUGGGCUUGGCUGGAUAUCUGUGCUGCUGAUAUAUUCUCCUGGAAUUUUAUACUGUUUGCUAUAUGCUUCGUCCAGUUCAUUUAUGUUACCUACCAAGUUCGGAGUGUUGCCUUUGACAGAGAAUUCCAGGAACUCUACAGUGCUCUGUUCCAGCCUCUGGGAAUUUCCUUGACUGUGUACAGGAAGAUCGUCUUGUGCUGUGAUGCAGAAGUGAUUACCCUGGAGAAGGAACACUGUUACGCCAUGCAGGGCAAAACACCUAUUGAUAAACUGUCCUUGCUUGUAUCAGGCAGGAUCAGAGUAACAGUUGAUGGGGAGUUUCUGCAUUAUAUUUUUCCUCUCCAAUUUCUGGAUUCUCCUGAAUGGGAUUCACUGAGGCCCACAGAAGAGGGAAUUUUCCAGGUAACACUUACAGCAGAGACAGAUUGUCGGUAUGUGGCCUGGAGGAGAAAGAAGCUCUAUCUGCUGUUUGCUAAACACCGUUUCAUCUCCCGCCUGUUCUCAAUUUUAAUUGGGAGCGACAUUGCUGAAAAACUGUAUGCCUUGAAUGACAGGGUGCACGUGGGGCAAGGCUUUAGAUAUGACAUUCGGUUACCAAACUUCUAUCAUGUUGCACUGCCAGAGACCCCUCCAGUGCAGGUCUCUCCCCACCACCUACAGCGAGGCUCCCCACGCCGCAAGCCCUCAGGGGUUACAAACUGCGGCUCCUUCCUCUCACCGCCCUAGGAAGGAACAUUCUGCUGCAGCCAUUCCUCAAAGUGAUGAAAGAAAAUGCAAAGUGGCAAAGCAGAAGAGCAGAAGCAGAUCAAGACCCAGUCAAGCCAGAUUUGACUGACAAGUGCCAUUUACGUUUAUUGGAGUAGCUUGAAUUUUCUCCCUCUCAAGCCAGCAGGUUGGCUUCUGCAUUUUACUGUCUCUGCAAUAUGUUUACUUUCUGUUGAUUCUUCUGUUGAUCUUCAUCUUCUUACUUUUGGAGGAAAACAAAUCAUAACAGGUUGAGGUUUUAUUGCAAUUGUGGUGGCCUCUGUGUUGUGUUGUUCGGGAUUUUUUUAAAAAAGCAAGCCCACGGUAUUUGUAAUUAUAUUUUCUCAAAAUUUUUGCCAUAAUGAAGUAUAGUCAGAAUAGUCAACGAAAACAAGUUGUCUUCAAAAUAUAGCAACUUGCUUAUAACAUUCAUAUUUAUGCCACAUGAACAUUGUUUCAAUUAAUGCGAAUAAUGCAGAAAACCAAGGACCAAUCAUAUUGGGUUUGUUUCUUAAAUAAGUGAAAGAUUUUGAAAUGCACAACAAGAUUCUUAAAGAAACCAAAAAAAUAAAACAACAAAUUCUAUCCUGUGAGUGAUUGGUUUCUCUCUGACUGUCCUAAAGAGGUAUUAUGUGAAAACAAACAUAAAUGUCAUUGCUGGCUUUACAAAAAUAGAACAGUUGUAACUGGUGCAACUAUAGCUUAGGGAAACGAUUGUGUAGUGUUUCUGAUAGAAUGUGAUGCUAUUGGACUUAGGCUUCUGCAGUGCCGGUGCCCUUCGUGACAUGUACAAUAAUCAAUCAACUGCCAAACCAUUGGAGUUUGUUGUACAAUAUUCUUUUUAGCUACAUUUGUAGGAAGAGACUAAAACAGCUGCAGCAAUAAAUACAAUUUUUAACUGAAA